UCUCUCUAAAGCUUUCUCAAUGGCAAGAAUUUACCCUCAAACAUCAUCAUCUUCUUCUUGUUCUUCAAUUUGUAUGAGUAAAUAUGUGACAACAAAAAGAGAAACAUUUACUUUAUGGAUGAAAUCACUUGUAUUCCAUGGAAAUGGAUGUGCUGUUUUUAACUCAAAAGGUCAACUUGUUUAUAGAAUAGACAAUUAUAGCAAAAAAUGUAGCAAACAAGUUCAUCUCAUGGAUCUUCAUGGAACAAUUCUCUUUUCUCUUCGUAAAAAGAAAUUGUCAAUUUUUGGACAUUGGAAUGGCUAUAAGAUGGAUGAGGAGACACCAUAUUUUCAAGUGAAAAAAAUUCGCAAUUUAUUCAUAGGAGAUUUAAAUUAUGGUGUUAUUUUUGGAUGUGAUACAAAUAACUAUAGGAUUAUUGCUUUAAGAGGCAAAUUAGGCUUCAAGAUUAUCAACAAAGAAAACAGACUUAUUGCUGAGGUUAAACAAAAGCAAUCAUCAUCAGCAGUUAAGUUUGGGGAUGAUGUAUUAAGUCUAGUGGUGGAGCCUCAUGUUGAUCAUUCACUUGUCAUGGCUCUUGUCACUGUUUAUGGUUUAAUUCGACAUAUGUUGUAA